CCUCUCUGCAGUUGGCGGAAGCUUCACAAAUUGGCACUCAAACCAACACCCUAUUCCUUACCCUAUGGCGCUAGACGAGUAUGAUGUAGAUGCUACAGAACUUUUGGAAACUUACGACUUCUUAAUGAAGUAUAUUAUCAUCGGAGAGGCAGGGACAGGCAAAUCAUGUUUGUUGCAUCAUUUUACCCACAACGCAUUCAAGGACCACUCUCAACAUACCAUCGGAGUAGAAUUCUCCAGUAAAACAGUAGCCUUAGGGGAGAAGAAAAUAAAGCUCCAACUAUGGGACACUGCCGGUCAGGAGCGCUUUCGAUCAGUAACGCGUAGCUACUACCGCGGUGCGGCUGGCGUAAUUCUUGUAUACGAUAUCACGAACCGCGAUUCUUUUUUGAAUAUGUCUCAGUGGCUCACUGAUGCCCGAGCUUUGGCAAGCCCACACUUGGUUGCAGUCCUAGUUGGAAACAAGUCGGACAGAGAGGAGGACCGUGAAGUGGAGUGGGCUGAAGCUAGUAGAUGGGCAGCGCAGAAUGAUGUUCACUUUCUUGAGGCUUCUUCAUUAAGCGGCGACAACGUCGAAGCUCCAUUUCUGCUUGCUGCAAGGUCUAUCCUGCUUUCAAUAGAGUCAGGAAUCUUAGAUCCCGAGAAAACCGGAAGUGGUGUCAGCUACGGGGACCGUGCUCUCCGAAGAGUGACGAGCUCUAGCCAUCUUAGCUUUGGGAGUCUUAGUGGGGCUCGAAGGCGACGCUCGGACAGGCUUCGGUUGAAAAAUUGGACACCCUCGGGCAAAUGUUGUUAAGCAUAUUGAUAAUGGACUUUGGUGAGGAUUGCCACUUUUAGCUUGUUCCCCAUGUAUGUGGUCAUACGCCUGGUGUUAUCUCUUUGGAUACCAAUCUUUUUUCUGUCUUUGAUCACAAUGUUAUUCUACUCAAACGCUGUACAUCAUUUCGCCCUUGCGUUUUACUCAUUCACAGUAUCUAAUAGUACGUAAUGGUAGAUGCUUCAUAUCUCCCAUCUAUUUCCAUACUAUUAUCGUUUGUUAUCUUCAUCAAGUCAUGCAUAGUUAUGUUUCAUGUAGAAGGUUAUGGCACAUUGUCCCCAACACCC